CCAACACCAACGUUAACAUGCUCGGCGUCCCCCAGGUGGGCGGACCGACGCUACCUCACCAGUCCCCGCCCCCGGACACCGUGGCCCCCCGCGGACCCAACGCCCGAGUCCCGGACCAAGCGGCCCAUUCCCAGGAAGACAGCAGCAGCAGGAGAAACCCCGCGCUCUCUAACGGCUGUAGAGGACCGACGAGCCUCCCAGAGUCGGUGGGAGACACAGUGGAGCCGCCGAGAGGGCGCCAGGAGAGUGUAGCGCCUCUUCCCACCCGCCCACAAGCACUCAGGAAGCGGUGUACCCACCCUCUACCCGGUUCGUUCCGCAAUCGCCGCUCCCCACCUUCCACCGCCGCCGCCUUGAGAGAAGCCGGCGCGACGGGGGUCACGGCGGAGGUCAGAGGGUAAAGGUCUUGCUCCCAGCAGCCUCCGCGGUGGAUACGUCGCCAUCUUGGAUCCGCGGGACAAGAAAAUUCAUGCGAGGGAGAACUGGUGGGCGGUCCUUCCUGUGACACGACCCUUGAGUGACAGUUCUGUUUGAUUGCCUCCAGUACUGUGAGGAAAGGACACGACUCUAUGGUGAGGACUGAUGGACAUACAUUAUCUGAGAAAAGAAACUACCAGGUGACAAACAGCAUGUUUGGUGCUUCAAGAAAGAAGUUUGUAGAGGGGGUCGACAGUGACUACCAUGACGAAAACAUGUACUACAGCCAGUCUUCUAUGUUCCCACACCGGUCAGAAAAAGAUAUGCUGGCAUCACCAUCUACAUCAGGUCAGCUGUCUCAAUUUGGGGCAAGUUUAUACGGGCAACAAAGUGCACUAGGCCUUCCAAUGAGGGGAAUGAGCAACAAUACCCCUCAGUUAAAUCGCAGCUUAUCACAAGGCACUCAGUUACCGAGCCACGUCACGCCAACAACAGGGGUACCAACAAUGUCACUUCACACGCCUCCAUCUCCAAGCAGGGGUAUUUUGCCUAUGAAUCCUAGGAAUAUGAUGAACCACUCCCAGGUUGGUCAGGGCAUUGGAAUUCCUAGCAGGACAAAUAGCAUGAGCAGUUCAGGGUUAGGUAGCCCCAACAGAAGCUCGCCAAGCAUAAUAUGUAUGCCAAAGCAGCAGCCUUCUCGACAGCCUUUUACUGUGAACAGUAUGUCUGGAUUUGGAAUGAACAGGAAUCAGGCAUUUGGAAUGAAUAACUCCUUAUCAAGUAACAUUUUUAAUGGAACAGAUGGAAGUGAAAAUGUGACAGGAUUGGACCUUUCAGAUUUUCCAGCAUUAGCAGACCGAAACCGAAGAGAAGGAAGUGGUAACCCAACUCCAUUAAUAAACCCCUUGGCUGGAAGAGCUCCUUACGUUGGAAUGGUAACAAAACCAGCAAAUGAGCAAUCCCAGGACUUCUCAAUACACAAUGAAGAUUUUCCAGCAUUACCUGGUUCCAGCUAUAAAGAUCCAACAUCAAGUAAUGAUGACAGUAAAUCUAAUUUGAAUACAUCUGGUAAGACAGCUUCAAGUACAGAUGGACCCAAAUUCCCUGGAGAUAAAAGUUCAACAACACAAAAUAAUAAUCAGCAGAAAAAAGGGAUCCAGGUGUUACCUGAUGGUCGGGUUACUAACAUUCCUCAAGGGAUGGUGACGGACCAAUUUGGAAUGAUUGGCCUGUUAACAUUUAUCAGGGCAGCAGAGACAGACCCAGGAAUGGUACAUCUUGCUUUAGGAAGUGACUUAACAACAUUAGGCCUCAAUCUGAACUCUCCUGAAAAUCUCUACCCCAAAUUUGCAUCACCCUGGGCAUCUUCACCAUGUCGACCUCAAGAUAUAGACUUCCAUGUUCCAUCUGAGUACUUAACGAACAUUCACAUUAGGGAUAAG